AUGCUUCCUCUUAAGUCUCUGUUGAACCCAGAGCCUGAAAGGCAGUCUCGCGGUAACCCCCCUUCGACUUCAUCUGUAAAGCCACGGAAGAUGCCGAAAGAUGCCCCGGUUUAUGUCCGCAGUAAUAUCCAAGGCCAAUGUCGCUUUCCUCCAUGUGAAGAGCGAGACGAGGAAUUAUCAAAGGCACACAGGGAGUUCAGGCUACACCCUAUGGGCAAAAUCGCCGAUUUCCCUCGUCAAAUCCCCUAUGCUAGCGACAAGAAGACCUUCCAGCAGAGGACUGGCCGGGAUAGCUUCCAUGUCUUCCAAUACCAAUUUCAAAUCCCCGGCGAAGAAAAAGUGUGGCAUGUUAUGUGGGAUUAUAACAUCGGCAUCGUCCGAAUCACACACUUGUUCAAAUGCAACGGGUAUGCCAAGACCACACCGGGGAAGAUGCUUUCACAGAACAAUGGUCUUCGUGAAAUCUGCCAUAGUAUCACUGGCGGAGCACUUGCGGCUCAAGGUUACUGGAUGCCCUACGAUGCUGCCAAAGCGUUGGCCGCCACAUUCUGCUGGAAGAUCCGUCACGUUUUAACCCCCCUGUUUGGCACCGACUUCCCUGCCAUGUGUGUUCAUCCAGACGACCGGAAACACUACGGCCGUAUGGUCAUCGACCCAGAGAUCAUACGUGCUGCUACUGAACAAGCGAAUUACUUCCGCUCUCUGGAGAUGCCAUCUUCCCCACGCUCUGUGCCCGCUCCAGUGAAAUCAUACCCCCUCCUUCGUGGCUUGGAGGCAUUUGGUCCUUCGCUCAAGUUGCCUCCACUCAAGUGUCCACGCCACCGAUAUGCAGACAGCAUUGCCAGUGCUCGGGACUCAUCCACCGAGCCUUACUCGCUGUCCCCGAAGAGCCAUUCUCCUUGCUCUACGUUCACUCCAAUCAAUCCCCCGCGAAGCAUCAAUGCCCCUCCCCCCUCACAUGUUGCUUCCCCAAAGACCCUUCUCCGCGCUAUCUCAGCUGCCAUACACAAAGACAAAGAAUCCAGUGCUAUGAGCGCAGAUAGUGAUACCGACAGUGACGGGUCAUCAAAUGUAUUCUCCACCCCCAAUUGUCCUUCUCUGGACGAAGAAAAGAUGAACCUCGAUGGGCCUUCUGAUGUUGAGACGCGAGAGAGCGAUUGCGACUUCACAGACUCAGAUGAGGAUUGGGCGGUGGACGAUGACAGCGACAAGGACUACCGAGGUCCUCCCACAUCAUCGUCAAGCAGGUUGCCCAAGGGCAAGGCUAUGUCGACUAGCCCGGGUACUCAGACGAAGAAGAACCCGAAACGAAAGUCCCGUGAAUGUCACUUUGCCAACGAGGUCAGGGCCGCCGAGGCGCUUCUUCGGUUGCAGAACAUCGAUUUUUUGGACUCUGAAGCUGAGGCUGAAGCUGAGACUGAUCACUGGGAUAUGCAUACGAAUAUCCACCCCCGCCCUCGGGUAGGAUCGUCUCGUGGCGGCAAGCGACGCCGAGCUUCUCUUUGA